AUGGACAGUGGAAACUCCGAUACCUCGGACAUAACCACGGACAGUGGAAACUCCGAUACCUCGGACAUAACCAUUGACAGUGAAAACUCCGGUACCUCGGACAUAACCAUGGACAGUAGAAACUCCGGUACCUCGGACAUAACCAUGGACAGUAGAAACUCCGGUACCUCGGACAUAACCAUGGACAGUGAAAACUCCGGUACCUCGGACAUAACCAUGGACAGUAGAAACUCAGAUACCUCGGACAUAACCAUGGACAGUGGAAACUCAGAUACCUCGGACAUAACCAUGGACAGUGGAAACUCCGGUACCUCGGACAAGACUGAGACGCCAAACGGGUAUUUUUUUCUCUACCCGUGUGUUCUGUACCGUUGUAAUGGCAGCUGUCAAAUGUAG